GUGUGUUGAUAAACAAACCGAACCGGUGAUUACCAGCCUGUGAUUACCGAUCAUGCCGAGGAUUUGAAAAUCUAUUUUUUAAAUCAUUAUUUAAAUUAAUUAACCAAAUCAAGGUGGGUAGAAAUCAUGGUGCUGAUACAAAAUACUCUUCUCGGUUCUGCUCGCAAGAAAAUCCGCACCUACCUCAAGGGAAAAUUCCUGGACACACUACGCCUGUCGCUGCGCGGCGGCCACGGUGGCAAUGGACUGCCCAAGUACGGCGGAGUUGGUGGCCAGGGUGGGGCCGUUUACUUUCAGGCCAAGGAGGGUACGACGUUGAAGGACGUCCUGCACAAAUAUCCCGGCAAACGGGUGCUGGCCGGGAACGGCGAGGAAAGCAGCAAGGUUCGCAUUCUGGGCCGCCGAGGGGGGGAUCGGGCCGUUGAGGUUCCGGUGGGGAUUCGGGUGCUUGAGGAGGGUGGGGAGCUGGUGGCGGAACUGGACGAGGAUGGGAAGACUUGUUUGGCUGCUGGGGGUGGAAGCGGUGGAUGUUCGGGGAAUUCCUUCCUUGGCAAGCCGGGCCAGACGCGGAUGGUGACGUUGGAUUUGAAGUUGAUCGCGGAUGUUGGACUGGUCGGGUUCCCGAAUGCGGGGAAGAGCACCCUGGUGAAGGCACUGUCCAAUGCGACGCCCAAAAUAGCUUCUUAUCCUUUCACCACAAUUCGACCUCAAAUUGGAACGAUAGAGUACGACGACUACCGGCAGGUCACGAUCGCCGAUUUGCCCGGGUUGAUUGAGGGGGCGCACGCCAAUUUCGGAAUGGGUCACAAAUUUCUGAAGCACGUGGAGCGAACACGACUGUUGCUUAUCAUCGUGGACAUUUUUGGUUUCCAACUGAGCCAAAGCCACCGCAAGCGAAACUGUUUGGAGAAUAUCUACGCGCUGAACCGAGAGCUGGAGUUGUACGACAAAACGCUGCUGGAAAAGCCGUGCGUUCUGUUGGUGAACAAAAUGGACAAGGAGGGAGCGAUUGACGAGAUCUGUAAAUACGACAAAUACUUUGGAGAUCUUCAAGACGGCCUCAAACACUGUCCGGAGGAGCUGGUCCCGAGGCAGCUGAUCAACCUGGAGCGUGUCAUUCCGAUAUCGGCCAAAAGUGUCACCGAGAUCGAUAAGGUUAAGCGUGCGAUUCGCGAAGUGCUGGACGAGAAGGCCGAGGAGAAGCUGCGCGAGCAGAAUGCAGCGGAAAGUGUUGACGACAAUUCCGAAAUCAGACGGGACCAGCAGCUGCGGGGGAAACUGCGCGAGCAAGGUCCGAGGAUAGGAUGAUGUGUUGGAUAGUUUGGAGUUAGGUAGGUACCUUAGUAAAUAUGAAUAUUAUUCAAAA